AUGAAGACGAUAUUGGCCCUCGGGCUCGUCGCCCUCUUUGCCUACAGCACAAUUGCCGAGGAGGAGAAGAAGGACAAAUACGGAACGAUCAUCGGUAUCGAUCUGGGAACGACUUACUCUUGCAACCAGCUGACGAUCAACCCAGAAAACACGAUCUUCGACGUGAAGCGUCUUGUCGGCCGCGACUACAACGACAAAACGGUCCAGGAUGACAUCAAGCUGUGGCCGUUCAAGGUUCUCGACAAGAGCAACAAGCCGUCCGUGCAAGUCAAGGUUGGCAAGGAGGACAAGCAGUUCACCCCGGAGGAGAUCUCGGCUAUGGUGCUCGUCAAGAUGAAGGAGAUUGCCGAGUCGUACUUGGGCAAGGAAGUGAAGCACGCCGUCGUGACUGUGCCCGCCUAUUUCAACGAUGCUCAACGUCAAGCCACAAAGGACGCCGGGGUGAUCGCCGGAUUGAACGUCGUCCGUAUCAUUAAUGAGCCGACGGCUGCCGCAAUUGCCUACGGAUUGGACAAGAAGGACGGAGAGCGCAACAUUCUCGUAUUCGAUCUUGGAGGUGGUACCUUCGACGUGUCGAUGCUCACCAUUGACAAUGGAGUAUUUGAGGUGCUCGCCACAAACGGAGAUACCCACUUGGGAGGAGAAGACUUUGAUCAACGCGUUAUGGAAUACUUCAUCAAGCUGUACAAGAAAAAGACCGGAAAAGACAUCCGGAAAGACGCGCGUGCCGUGCAGAAACUGCGUCGUGAAUGCGAAAAGGCGAAGAGGGCGCUUUCUACUCAACAUCAAGUCAAGAUUGAUGUCAAUGGAAUUCUUCAUGUUGGAGCUGAAGAUAAGGGAACUGGCAACAAGAAUAAGAUCACGAUUACCAAUGAUGCCAAUCGAUUGUCUCCUGAAGAUAUCGAGAGAAUGAUCAAUGAUGCUGAGAAGUUUGCGGAGGAUGACAAGAAAACGAUUGAGGAGGCUGUUGAUGAGGCCAUUUCUUGGCUUGAUGCCAAUAAGGAGGCUACUGUGGAGGAAUUGAAGGAGCACAAGCAGGAGCUUGAGGGCAAGGUGCAGCCGAUCGUCUCCAAGCUGUACCAGGGAGCCGGUGGUGAAGGUGCUGGUGGUGAACAAGGUUUCGAUGGAGGCGACGAGAAGGAUGAGCUC